UGACUCCUUUAUGCCUCUUCCCUGCAAAGAACCCAAAUAAUAAUUGUUCAAUUUUAAUUUAUGAAAGGAGAAAGAGGGCAAAAAAAAUGCCAAUAAUAAUUACCAUAAGCUCCCACAUGUGUAAUUUGCAGACAUUUCAACUCAAAAGACGACUUGACUACAAAGACUUGAGAGUCUUCAACCCAUAUCAUAGGCUCUUUCUAGCUUUCACUUUAGCAUUAACUUAUUUAUUAUAUAAUAAGCUAUUAAAUUUAAGGGUUCCAUGGUAUCAGUCAAGCAAGAGGUAGACAUAAAGAGAGAAUGGAUUAGAAUAAUACCAGAUCUCUUGUGAAAUUUGCAUCUCAAGCCAUAGUUUUCGCCUCCCUGGAGUUGAUGGAAGAACUUACGAGCAUUCCCGUAUACGCCUCUUCUAGACAAGUGUGCUUGAAGAACUAAGCUAAGAUAGGUCGUAUGCCGCAUACUUUGUCUCGACCCGCAUAUUUGAAUAAAACAAUGCCUCUGCAGAUUCAAGUUUUAGGAAUUGACCCAUCUAAAGUCGUGGCUCUUGUAGCCAAAUCUGGCGUUACAACAGUCCCUCCUUCUUACCAAGCUUGAAGACCUGAGCUGAGACAGGUCUCUAUGGUGCUAACUAUAGACUUCGCUGGAUCUUUUCUUGCAUCAGAAUUCAAAUUUACAAUGUUUUUUUUUUAUUUUUUUUUCUUUCAAUUGAUUAUACAUUGUUUUUCAGUGUUAUGAACCAAUCCACUUAUUGACCAUUGGUUUGGAAACUGAUCUUUAACUUGGUGUGGUAAAUUAGUACUAGAUGAUAAACUAUUUUCUCAGUUGAUAUUGUGUUACACAAGCUUUCUUUUAACUCUGGCAAAGUUGGUCGAAGUAGACUCAGAACAGUCAAAGGAAAGCAACUCUGUUUCUGGUAUUGUGACAUGCGUCAUAGAUCUGUUUUUAACAUGACAAGAAGACAGUCUUCUAAUAUGACACAGUCCUCUAACGACGAGAAGCCAUUAUAGUCACGCAAAAGGAGCAAGUCCUGUAUUCAGCAGCCGGAGACUAAAGUAAAGUCUCCCACAUUUGUCAGUUUGUUUUAUUACACGUUAAACUCAAACGAUGACUAGUCCAAAAAACAGACCCGUUUUAGUCUACGCUUUUACUAGUCUUACCUAUACUUAUCAUUAACGUUGCUAAUAUAAUAACCUCAUUAUACAUUUAAGAGUUUCACAAAUGACAAUAGAGUUGAGAAAGAGAGCGAUAAUAUAAAGAAAAGAGAGAAUGGGUAAGAACAACAACGGAAUCCACUUGCAAUUUGCAGUUCUCGCGAUAGUUUUAACCGCUGCAAUAAUGGUGGAAGAAGUUACCAGCCUUUUUAUUUGCAACAUUGACACAAACAACUUGACGAAAUGCCGUCCAGCCGCCACUGGAAACAACCCUCCACCUCCGGGACGGGACUGCUGCGCAGUGAUCAAAGCCGCUAAUCUACAAUGCCUCUGCCCGUACAAGCCUUUUAUCUCCAGAUACGGGUUUGAUCCAUCUAAGGUCAGGCCUCUUCUAGACAAGUGUGGUAUAAACACUCCUCCCUCCUGUUUCUAAGGUGGGAAAUCAAAGUAACCGUAAGAUUUUGCUGUUCUUCCGGUAAAGACAGAGAUGUCUUCGUUUGUUUUGUUGUACCUUGUGUAACACGCAGCUUGAAGAACUGAGUUGAAGACAGGCCGGUAUGCCGCAUACGUUGACUCGACCUGAAGUCAUGUCUUUUAGUGUUGUUAUUCGAAUAAAUCACCACUUUGCAAUAAUUAUUCAGUCACCUUAUAUAUCUAUAAAGAAGAACCAUUUUCUAUAUAUAUAUUAACGAAAAAAAUACUGGCUUUUCACUAAGUCAAUUGUGUACAAAUUAAUUUCUUGUUUACCAAGAAACUCGUCAAGAAAUCAAAUCAUA